AGUGUUCUCAUUCUCGAUGCCGAUACCUCAUCCACAUGGUGGCAGUGGUUCGCCGUUAUUCUUGGGCCGCUACUUUGAGGGUGAUCGUCUGCCACAAGCAGCAGUCACUGACGCUGGAGGAAUGGGCUUUGACUAUGUGUCGGUACCUCUGAAUGUUGGCGAUCCGGACGUCGUAGAGAGUAUGCUCUCUGUUGAGGCGAAGAUUUGCCAGUCUUCUCUGGUCGGGCGGGUGUCGUCCGUGUCGGAUCUCAAACCGCAGCUAUCGUGGGCUCGGUAUCUUUCAACCUACGGAGUCUCCCUUCCCUCUCUGGCUGAGAUGAAGACAGAAGCUGACCUGGUCGACUACGCUGCUCUGCUUAAGAGGGAGGUUGUCACUACUACCACGCCCUCGCAACAGUGGCAGGAGGUACCUAGUGGUAUGUGGUCACAGUGGAAUACGCUGAGGAGCCUUCUGAAUCAUCCGCUGUCCUUGACUGUGGCCCUCAGUCUUAGUCAAGACCUCGGGCCCUGUCCGGACCGGUGGCUUGGCGAGCCGGUGCGAGUGGUUAUAGUGUCAUCAGACCUCCUCACUGGGGCGGGUACGAUCGGCACUCCAACACAUGAAAGACUUCUCUUAGCUUUGGUGCAGAGGAAAGCACAGGUAUUGUUGAGACCUGCGACUGACGAUCUCGUUGGCCCACUGAAAGCGGCUGUUGCGGCUCUGUACCAGAAGAUGCCACCAUCGAGCGCGUACGAGAAGUACUGUGAGCCCUAUCUCGACAUACUCCAGCAACCAUUACAGCCGUUGAAAGACGAUCUGGACAAUACGACCUACGCUACUUUCGAGGAGGACUUCACCAAGUACAUGCUAUAUGAGCAUGCAGUUGCAGAGUGCUUGGCUGAUAGGGGCCCUCUUGAGAGGGAUGGGAAGCUGUCGAUAGCCGUAGUAGGAGCAGGUAGUGAUCUUCGUAGGUGUCUAGCAUGUAGUGUAUUGGACUCAGGUCGAGGAGGCCUUGUGGAGGCAUCAUUGAGGGCUAUAGCUUCCUCGUCAUCGCUGCAGUCUGGCGAUGUUGUAUUCUACGCUGUUGAGAAGAACGAGGACGCAGUAAUGACGUCGCGUGCACGUGCAAGACAUAAAGACGAAUGGAGGGCCCACUCGGUAGAAGUGGUCUGCUCUGAUCUACGGUACUGGUCGCCGCCGACAGGGCCCCUGGACAUUGUGAUAUCCGAGUUCCUGGGGAGCUUUGGGGAUAAUGAGGCCAGUCCAGAGCUCCUCACGGACGCCUUCUUGAGGAGGAUACUCAAACCGGAUGGGGUGUGCAUCCCUCGCCGAUACACGUCGUUUUGCCAGCCCAUGAUGUGCCCAGCGCUGUGGACUGAUAUUCGGUGCUUGAUGGCAGACACUACUACCACGUUGGGAGCUGGGGGCUUGGCCAACUCGGACAAACGACUAUCGACACCAUUCGUGGUCAUAACCAAUCGAUGUUUUUAUCCUUCUCCGAGUAUAGGGGCUCAGGAGGUCUUCACGUUCGACCAUCAACGGGUUGAGGAUGACCGUUCUCAUCACCAUUGUAGUUCUGACAACAGAUUCAAAUCCCUGUCAUUUCCAAUUGAGGCUGAUGCCGUCAUCCAUGGGCUCCAAGGCUACUUUGAAUGCUCCCUGUAUGGCUCUGUGACGAUGUCCAUCAACCCUAGGACACAUACGCCCGACAUGGUUUCUUGGUUCCCCAUAUUCCUCCCCUUGGCGUCUCCUAUCACUGUUAGGCGUGGUGAAGUGUUCACGUGGAAUAUCUGGCGUCGAGUGGACCACAGUACAAGGCGGAUGUGGUAUGAAUGGUCGGUUACAUCGCCUUGUGUGACGCCUGUUCAGAACACUAAUGGGAGUUACUACUAUGUCGGUCUUUAGGGCUUGCAGUGUCAACUGUUCCUCAACGUAAAAUUUGUAUGCUGUGUUUCUCUG